GACGUUCUCCGUGUGGAGUGAAAUUCACUAAAUAUCUCAAAGUUGCCGUUUCGUCUUUCGGUGGCUUGCUUGUCUGGAGCGCACGCCGCCUGAAAAGGUGAAACGUGACCCCAAGCUUAUUUUCCCGACAGAUUCGAUGUUCAACACAGUACGCGUUAGCAAUUGACGUAUUAUCAUGCACUGAAAACAUCAGGGUGCUACCGCAGAAUGCAAACGUCAUACCGUGCCAUCGUCCGCGUCCUCGCGCCUCCUUAUUAGGCCUCCCUGCAGACGAAAGUGCCAGUGACUCUGAACCCUGCUCACUCAAGCAUGACGCCUCAGCACUUGAGGAAUAAGUCGGCGGGAGAUUUGAUCAAGAAGCAGCCCGUCCCUCCACCACAGAGACCUACCUUGCAGGGCCGGACGUACUCUGCUCCCGCCGGCGAACUCCCCCGCCCUCGCCAUUCGAAGCAGCCCGAUGGUAUAAUUGCAGCAAUCGAUGAAAGCAAUCCUUUGCCCUACGCCCAGGACGCUUCGGGGCAUAUCCCAAAUGAAACCAUGGUAAGCAUCCCGUCACAACACUGCCUGCCUCAGGUGAACAUGGCAGUUGUCGGCGCACAAGGAGUAGGGAAGUCUACGCUUGUAAAGUAUGCGUUGGACCUGAAGCAGACUCCAAUUGCCCGCUCGUCUGUUAAAAAGAUGUCCUUGGAUGGCACCAUCUACCUCGUUCGACUCUUGGAGGUUGGAAUCCAUAACAUCGCAGUUGAUGAACACGGAAGAAUUACAUGGCCAAGGUUGCUCGGAGAACAGGCGCUGCCACCCAUUGAUGGGGUUCUUGCGCUGUUUGACUCCGCUGAUCCUCGCACCCUUACGCAACUGUCUCAACUUCUCAGUGCGCUACAGCAGACAAGUAGUAUACCUUUUCUCGUCGUGGCCUGUAAAUGCGACACUCCGCGCCGCUCCUCUCAACAUGACCCUGCAGUUCUCGAGCAAGCGAAUCGACUUCUUGCGGGGACCGAAGCAUUACAGACAUCUAUUCGUGUUUCAGAAUCUUACAAGAAGUGCAUCUCCAUAGUUCUCAGGGCGAUCAUUGUUCGAACUUCCGAUGUAGUUUCUGAGAAGAAGCGUCCUCUUCCCAAAAAUCGAGCUUCCUCUGGAAACAUUCCCUCGCGCCUUCGCCCUUAUUCGAGCCGCCAACACACGAGAGCACACUCCGAAACGCCCAAGGGCACCUGUUUGCACGCCGCCGAUCCUUAUCUUAACGAAGGAGUCCGUCUCGACUCCGCAACUGAUUCAAACCUGGCUCUCAAUGUACAUGGUUCGAGAUAUGGACGGAGUAAUUCGCAGCCUGUUCCACCACGGACGCCUCCGGGGAAUCGGGUGAACCGUGGUUCUUCCUUAACGGUAGACCCAGUUCCUGAGGAAACCUCACCUGGAAACAUCGCACACCAAAGGCUUCGUACGCAGUGGAGGCAUAGUGCGGGUUCUGACGCCUUCAAUUCGUUUUUGGAUAUGGAAGAUGAAACAGAAGACUCUUCGAAUCAGCUCACCAGCCCGUCAAGUCCAAAUGCCAAAACAAAACCAGAGGAUCCUGGCUCUACGUUCGACGAGCUAGUGGAUCGGCUUUUGUCGAUGCCAUUGACUAAACAAGACGCAAAGUUCCCAUCAAUAUUUCUAUGCCUAUACCGAAAAUUUGCAAGCCCUUCUCAACUUUUAUACUCGAUAAUCGGACGCUUUGAACGGAUGGAAAACAGUGGGGUGCCUCGAUUGAAACGCCAUGCGGACCAAUUAACCAUGCUCAACGUUCUGGCUCAAUGGGCUGCUGAAUACCCUGGAGACUUUGCAAGUCCAAAACCCCGGAAGCGACUCACGGACUUUAUUGGGUUCCUGGAAAAGAAUAUGAUUUUCGCGUUCGCGGCGAAAGAAAUUAGCUCGUGUCUCGAAAAAUUCGUGGAAGACGAUGAUGUAGACUGGGCAUUUAAGGAUGAGAAAGGCGAGCCUGAAAAUGUGGAGACCUUCUUAGAUACUUCUGUUCAAAGCUCACCGGCGGCUUCCGUCUCCCAGAAUACGGACGAGACCAUUCAAAACAUGGCUGCUCUGGACUUAAACGAAGAAAAUGUCGACCACGCGUCUCAGUAUUCUAACUUGUCAAUGACGUCGACGCUCAAUAGAUCGGGGAGCAUUUCCAGCCAGUCGUUCAAAAUGCUAUUGGGCACGGAAUCGGCCCAUCGAGAAGCGCAACGACUCGAGAUAGUACCACGCCACACUUUGGGCAAAACACAAUGGCGCAUAUUCAUGGAGAUACCAGACGAAGACUUUGCACGAGAGCUUACCCGUAUCGACUGGGUAAUGUACAGCGCCUUUAGGCCACGGGAGCUUAUUCGCCACGUGAGCACGUCGUCAGAAAACAAGGAAAAGCCGUCCAGCCAUUUAGAAAACGUGAAUAGGAUGAUAAAGCAAUUUAAUCACCUCGCAUAUUUUGCCGCCAGCAUGGUUUUACUUCGCGAUAAAGCUAAGCAUAGGGCUCAAGCAUUAGAAAAGUUUAUGAAUAUUUCAUUGAAAUUACGCCAGCUGUAUAAUUAUAAUUCUCUAGGAGCGAUCAUCGCAGGGCUAAAUGGCACUCCUAUAUAUCGAUUGGCACAGACUCGAGCACUCGUCUCCCACAGCGUUACGAAACAAUUUAUGAGUUUAGUUAUUUUAAUGGGCACCCAGAAGAGCCACUUCGCUUAUCGCUUGGCAUGGGAGAACUCGUUCGGAGAAAGAAUACCGUUCCUUCCACUUCACCUUCGUGACCUGGUCUCAGCAGAAGAGGGCAAUAGAACCUUUAUUGGCGAUCGCAUCAAUUGGCGUAAGUUUGAGAUCAUGGGCGAUGUGAUACUUGGAGUUCAGCAGAGCCAAAAGACCCCCUUCCCUACGUUUCAUAUAAAUGAGAUUGUGCGGCGACUGGUAUUAGAGGCAAAAUUUGAAAGCGAUGAGGAGGAGCUAUACACUCGAAGCCUUCAGGUCGAACCCUCGGCGGUGGUAGGCGGAGGGCAUGAGAGGCAUAAACGCUUCAACUGGCGACGAAAUUGA